AUGGAUCAAUAUGGUGGUGGAGCAAAUCCUUUCGGUAAUCCCGCUGGUGUAGGCGGCGGUGGUGGUUAUGAACAGCAGCAGCCAACAUUUGGAGAUUAUGGUGGAGGCUAUGAUCAAAGUAGUGGUGGUUAUGGUCAAGAUGCUGCAGGUUAUGGAGGAGCAGGAAUAGCUAUACCCCAGCAACCGUUUGGAGUGGCUGCCAGACCAAGAGUUGAUAUUGAGGCCGAAGGGGAAGUUGAUCCAAAUCUUUAUCCUGAACCCAAGGAGGCUACCAAUAAAAUACGCAGCCAUGCCGAUGUUGUGGAAAUGCUGUUUGGCCCCACAGAACAUGAAUUGAUACCAGUGAAAAGUUUUUACUUUUUCUUCUAUGCUGCAUUUGGUUCUCUUUUCCCUUUGAUGGGUGUCUAUUUUAAACAAAUGGGCAUGAAUCCGGGACAGUGUGGUAUAUUAAUUGGUAUGCGUCCAUUUGUGGAGUUUUUGUCGGCACCAUUUUGGGGUUCUUAUGCAGAUAGAUGCCGCCAAGGAAAAAAGUUGCUGCUAGGCUCAUUGGCCUGUUGGAUUUUGUUUACCAUCCCCUUGAGUUUUAUUAAACCCGAACCGGUCAAAUGUAUAGAACGUAACGCCACCGGUUUUGUAUUGACCUAUACACGUUCGAAACGUGAUUUGUCAGCAUUUAAUAUGGCCGAAUUGCAAAGUGACAGUGUUGAAACAUUCGAUAAUGAAUCGGCCAUAGAGGCAGCUCUUACCAAACCAAUGUCAGAUGAGUUGGAAGAAGAAACACAUUCAAGACGCAAACGUUCAAUAUUUCCCCGAAUUGAUGCUGGCAUUUCACCCGUCCAUAUACGUUUUGUAAGCAACUAUGAUGCCAAGGAGCAUAAUGACUAUGUAACACCGAUUUUCUCUAGCAUGGUUUAUAGGACACCGGAUAUUCAAAAAGCUUUCUUCCUCCUGCUGCUGGUUAUUUUAAUUGGCGAAUUCUUUAGUGCUCCUGCCAUUACACUCGCCGAUUCUGCCGUUAUUACCCUGCUCGGCGAGGAUUCCGAUAAGUAUGGCCAUCAACGUAUGUUCGGCUCAUUGGGCUGGGGUAUUUCCAUGUUCAUUGUCGGUAUUGUUUUGGAUCAUUCUACAUCCUUUUCACAUCAUCCCUGCGGUGCCGGACACAUGGAAAAGAACUACAAUGUUUGUUUCGCGAUUUUCACCGUACUCAUGACUUGUGCCAUUAUAUCCGCCACAAAGAUUACAUUUAAAUAUGAUCCCAUAGAAUUGGAACCUCAGGUGCAGCAGGAUGUUAUUGAUCCCAAUAAAAAGGCAGAAGAAGAAUCGAUGAAUCAAUUGGCUGCCCAAUUGAAUUUGCCCUCUCUGGCAGUAGGUGGUGGUAGCAGUGGUGUAACAACGGGGACUACGGCAGCUGGACCCACACCAUCAAUGGGUGCCGAAUCGAAAAUAUUUGCCCAAACUAACAAAGAAAUGCCUGAAUGGAUGACUGUGCUGACCCACAUUAAAGAUUUGAAGACAGCCUCAUUCCUGUUUGUGGCCUGGUUUAUGGGUUUCGGUAUUGGUUUGAUAUUCACUUUCCUGUUUUGGCAUCUGCAGGAUUUCGGCGGUUCACCAACUUUGUUCGGUGUGGCUUCGGUUAUUAAUCACGUAUCGGAAAUAUUUGCCUAUUUCUUUAGUUUCCGUUUGAUAACACAAAUUGGCCAUGUGAAGGUGUUGUGUUUGGGCCUGAUGGGUAAUGUUAUACGUUUCCUGUAUAUUUCGUAUAUUUCAAAUCCCUGGAUGGUAUUGCCGUUCGAACUGAUGCAAGGUAUUACUCAUGCUGCUGUGUGGGCUGCCUCCUGUUCAUAUAUUGCCCAUAAUACCCCAAAACAUUUGAGGGGAUCAUCACAGGGUGUCUUGCAGGGUAUACAUCAUGGACUGGGGCGUGGUUGUGGUGCCAUCAUUGGCGGUAUGUUUGUGACGUAUUAUGGUACUACGGCCACAUUCCGUUGGUAUGGUAUUUGUUGUCUGUUUGUACUGGGAUUCUUUAUAUUCGUGAAUUUCUAUCGCAAAGAAGAAGGUUUUAUUUCGGAAAUUCCAGCAACUGAGGAUCCGCGUCAGGUGGCUGAGGAAACUUCCCAUUUGGCUCCACAUGGUGUACCCAGCAAUCCCAUACCGCGUGCUUUAUCCAAUACCCGUCUCAACGAAAUGAAUCCCAAUGGCACUGCCUAUGGCACGUAUCAGACCACUGGCGGCAACUUGGAUAUUCCCGGUGGUAACCCAUUUGGCACACAAUAAGGCCAUUAAAUCAACAUCAUCAUCAUCAGCUGCAUCACAUCAUUACCCAUCCAAUUUAUUAUUUAAUUCUAUUUAUCAGUUGGCUUUGUUUUUCUAGAUAAUGUUUAU